GGCGAACAACUUAACCAAUCAGCAAGUAACCUGACUGCUCUCAGACCAUUGAUUGAUCAAUUUUUGUAGGCCACCCGAGUCGCUGCCAGACCAUUGGGCGGUUCCAGAUUUUAAUAAACAUCCCAUACUGUCCGCAUUAUUCCGUUCACUCUGUUUAAUCUCAAUGGGGAGACAGUCUCUCGAACAUCACUGGAAGUCUAAGAUCAACGAUGAUGAAUGGGAGAAACAUAGGAAAACUUUUGUCGACAGACUGAGUAAUACUAAUAUAGUGGCGGGCUUGGUGCUCACUACCUCAGCAGUCUUUCUUUCAACGCAACCGCCGCUAACGUCAUUUCUUCCAUACACUAUACGCACUUGCUAUAUUUUAGCCCUCGGAUCUUUCGCGCAUGCCCUCGGCGGUCUGCUUUCCGGUUUAGCUGUGGUCAACAUAUAUCAAGCCUGUGAUCGAAUCUGGGCUAAAGAUGUCCUGACGGCCACACGCUUUCGACUAUGCUGUACACUUCUGUUCAUCAGCUGGCCGACUAUAUCCCUCACAAUUUCUAUCUUCUUUUUGAUGUCAUCUCUUAUGAUCGCGUGUUACGCUUCUGGAGUGUGGUGGCUUCAAUUCUUGGCGACAGUAGAGAUAUUGUCCUGGGCGUGGUUGCCCCCUCUCUUCGCUUGGUGUGCACUCAAAGAGACUCUUCCAAAAAACUUGCGGGCAUCCAGACGGCGGGCUGGCACCAGGCUGCCUUCCUGAGGUAUGUAUAUGUACCUUCAAGGAACUAUGAUGAGUCGCGUAACUCGCUACUCCAUCAGGUUGUGUUUGAGCACGUGUAUGGCCAACGUGUCGAUGGUCUUUGGAUUACACCCAGAAAUGACACAUGUAUAUUAUCAGAAGUUGGUGCC